AUGAAUAAUAACAUCUACAUGAUACUCUUUCUUUUUCUUCAUGAAGUCUCAGGUGAACACAAUUGCAAUGUUGCUCAUGUGGAUCAGGUUUUAACCAUAAGAGAGGGAGGGAAUGUAUUGUUACCUUGUCUUAUUGUAAAUGAUCAGUUACACCGAGCACUGUGGUAUAAACAGGUUAUUGGAGAGAAACCUGUCCUAAUAGUGUCAUCAUAUCACCACUCUCAACCGAAUGAAUUUUCUCCUGACUUUGAAGCAAGUCAACGUUUUCAUGCAGUGCGAAAGGAUGAUAGCUUUAACUUAACCAUCCUGAGAACCUUGAAAUCUGAUUCAGGCACGUAUUUCUGUGGUGCUGCCUUUGCUAAUGUUAUUUCCUUCAGCACUGGAACUGUUUUGCUGGUUAAAGGUGCAGACCUCAAACCUGCUGUUAUUCAACAGCCUGUGCUUGGUGGUAUGAAGCCAGGAAGCAAUGUGACUCUGCAGUGCUCAGUACAAGUGAAGAUGUGUGAGAAAGGAGUACAACUAGUCUACUGGUACAGACGCAGUUCAGACACAAUGCAUCCAGGAAUGGUUUAUACUCAUGGAGACAUGAACAAUGAGUGUGGGAAGAACUCUGCAACCUCCUCUCCUAUGCAGAGCUGUCUGUACAACCUCCCCAAGAUGAAUGUUGGUCUCUCUGAUGCUGGACUAUACUACUGCGUUGUGGUAACUUGUGAUGAAGUUUUAUUUGGAAAUGGCACAACAUUGGUCAUUGAAGUGACUUACAAAUACCGCAACACAGAUGACAUUAACUAUGCUGCUCUGAACUUUUCCACUAAAAGAGGUCAGAGAAAAAGAACCUUAGAGGAGACAACGUACUCUGUACCGACAUUGCGAGACAAGAUCUGAAACUUAUAGCUGCUGAUUGUCUAAACAUACCAUAAUAUUUAACAUAAUA